AACGGUGUCUGGAGCCUGUCGGUGCCGCCCAGCACAGACGGCCCCGCUGCUGUUCUGCUUUAAUGGGCAGCAGUGGACACAUGACGCACUGCUGUCCUACAUACGAUCACGUAAUUGUGUAUAAUCCAAGUGUAUUUUUACACACAAUAAAGGCAGCUUUCACAGCGGCUCGUGUCUGUUUCACGCUUUAGUAAAGCCGCCGGUGUCGGUGCGUGAGCUGCGCUGUGCUGCUUCCUCCAGUGGGCGGAGUAGCGGGCUCUGCCUGGCCGCGCAGCGCUGCGCUCUCUGCCGUGCAGUUGCCGUGAUCUCUUCACUCAUGCGGACCCAGCUGAAGCUCGUGGACUAGCCGGAGGUGAAGUGCUGGACUGAGUCAGACUGCAGUGGGCUGAGGCCGGUUGAACAUGGCUGCUAAGGAAGACCUCUACAGCAAAAUCCUCCCUCGGAGGCUCCGGCAGAACCGAGCGGGCUCGAUGAAAUGCAGCUCCAGCCUGGACGUGCUGCUGUCCAUGGGCUUCCCCAAACCAAGGGCACUCAAAGCUCUGGUGUCGACUGGAGGUCGGAGUGUCCAAGCAGCAUGUGACUGGCUGUUUUCACACGUGGACGACCCGUUCUUGGACGACCCGCUGCCGAGAGAGUACGUCCUCUACCUGCGACCCAGCGGGCCCCUUCAGAACCAGCUUUCCCAUUUCUGGCAGCAGAGCCGGAUCACCUGUGGCAAGAACAAAGCCCACAACAUUUUCCCCCAUAUUACUCUCUGCCAGUUCUUCAUGUGUGCAGACCACAAAGUAGAAGCUCUGUGCGAAGCCCUCCAGGCCAGUGUACAGCAGUGGCGGGGUCGGUUUCCCAGCCCGCUGCCUUUGGAGCUCUACACAUCUUCUAACUUCAUCGGUCUUUUCGUGGAGGAGCAGGUGGCCGAUAUCCUCAAGCUGUUUGCAGCUGACUUUGCUGCAGAGGCUGUCAGGAAGGCAGAAGUCCACGUGGAGCCUCACAAGAAGCAGCUCCAUGUAACUCUAGCCUACAACUUCCCCAGUGAUCACCUCCCCUCACUAGAGAAACUCGCUAAGGGCAUUGAAGUGAAGCUGGGAUGUGAUUGGCUGGCUGUUCUGUUCUCCCGGGACAUUCGUUUUGCUAACCACGAGACCCUGAGGGUGAUGUACCCCUACGUGCCACAGAACGACGAUGAGCUGGAGCUGGUUCCCGGGGAUUUCGUCUUUAUGUCUCCCGUGGAUCAGAACAGUACCAGCGAGGGCUGGGUGUACGGGACCUCGCUCGCCACCGGGCUGUCCGGCCUGCUGCCUGAGAACUAUGUGAGCCUGGCGGAUGAAUCUGACACCUGGGUGUUUCAUGCCUCCCACUCGUUCUUCAGCUGUGAGGCCAGUGACAAGGGCAGUAAAGACAGAGGCCUGUUCGAUGGACUGUUGGACAGCCGCCGUCCCGAUAGCACAAGUCCCGGGGACACGCCGUCCCUUAGUCUCAUCUGUCAUCCAAUGCAGCAGGUCCUGCGGAUCAGCGGGGGUCACUCUCGGCAACCCAAGCGGACUCUUUUCGUGUGCCGCCACGGUGAGAGAAUGGAUGUGGUCUUUGGCAAACACUGGCUCUCCCUCUGCUCAGAUAGUAAAGGUAGAUACGUACGUUCCAACCUGAACAUGCCUCCCAGUCUGCCUCUGUGGGGAGGACAGAGAGACUAUGACAUGGAUGCUCCCAUUACUGUGUUUGGAUCCACCCAGGCCCGGCUUGUGGGUGAAGCCCUGUUAGAGAGCAACACAGCCAUAGACUUUGUGUACUGCUCUCCCGCUCUGCGAUGUGUUCAGACUGCACAGAACAUCCUGAAAGGUUUACAGCAGGACAGCAAGCUGAAGGUGCGAGUGGAGCCGGGGCUUUUCGAAUGGACCAAGUGGGUGUCUGGGAGCUCGAUGCCUGCGUGGAUACCUCCCACCGACCUGGCUGUUGCACACUUCAGCGUUGACACAACUUACAGACCUCUGAUCCCAGUCAGCAAGCUCACUGUGUCCGAGUCCUACGAGAACUACAUGAGUCGGAGCUAUCAAGUAACCAAAGACAUCCUGUCAGACUGCAAAAACAGUGGAAACAACGUGCUGAUUGUAGCCCACGCUUCUUCCUUAGAGGCCUGCACGCGCCAGCUGCAGGGCCGCAGCCCACAGAGCGCCAAGGACUUCAUCCAAGUCGUCCGAAAGAUCCCUUACCUGGGCUUUUGCUCCUGCGAGGAGCAGGGGGACACGGGGGUGUGGCAGUUAGCGGACCCUCCCAUCCUCCCCCUCACACAUGGGCCAAACCACAGCUUUGACUGGAGGGAGACGCUCCUGCAAGAAUGAUGGCCUGAGCAGACCCUCUUAACCUGAUGAUGUACACACUCGGACUGCAGUGGCACAGCCGCCCCACCCCCACCCUUCCUCCAAAUACUGGAACUUUCCGCCCGUCAGCAGAGAGCACCUCGGCUCUCUGCCCCAGGUGACAACGUUUGGCAGCGUGUGUUCGCUCAACAUUAAGCACGCUCAAAUAUCACCCACCCAGUCUCAGGAAACGCAUCAGGAUCAUAAGACGGCGGUUCUCUAUUAAAAAUGACGUUUGAUUGAUUUUAGUGAGAACUCAGAAUUUGAUCUAUUGAGUUGUGACGUUAGCACGCAGUAGCAUUCUGGCUAUAGGUGUAAAUGUUUUUGCUCAAAGCGUGAAAUUACAAUCAGUUUUAAACACGCCGAUGUUUUUGUAGUAUUACAUUUGGACAGGACAAAAGAUUAGUUACAGUAGACUGACCUACAGUAGACCUCCAUUUACAGUAAGUCCAAAGAUUUCCCCUUGAAUGGGGAAAAGAAAGGCAUCAGAUACUGUUUUACUCCAACUUUACAAUAAACGACAUCAUUAAAAACAUGGCUUUAUGUAAACACAUGUGAACACUUUUUGUUCUGCAGUGGAGUUUCUCAAAGUUUCAUGAGACUGUGGGUUUGUAACCACGGAGCUCCCGAUCAGAACAACAGCGUAGUGUUAUUGGAGCUUUCAUGGAGUUGGCGUCCCGUGUCCUGCCGCUGCCACGUCACCAGCUGAGGUAGAACGUUUACGCCACACCUCGUAGUCUUCGUCACACCCUCCCGAUGCCCCCGUACAAUGCAUCCCCCCACUGUCGUCUCCAUAUGUAGCACACUGAGGACAGCGGUGUCUCUGCAGCAACGUCACGACCUGCAAUAUCGACAAUCACAAAGUAGCUUCUUAAUUCUGGUCCAGCAGCAGUUUGUUGUUCAGACGCUCUCAGCGAUCAGAAACGUCUUCCACUUUUAUUUGUAUUUAUUUAUAAGCCUUUAUUGUUACAAGCAAAAAUAAUAAAAACAGCAUGCAAGAACUUAUGCUCUGUAUCUCAGGUGUUGACUACAUUUAAGACACACACAGUGUGUGUGUGGUCUGAAAACUGUUCCACUGAUUGACUGUGAUGUUGCCCCUGUCUAAGAUUAAACUGAUGUACCAACUGCCAUCAGCAGCUGUAGCAGAAACGACGUAUUCACACAUCUGCUCCUUCAUCCCGCUGCGUUUGGGGAAUCCUGGCUCAUGCUGCCAAUGCAAAAUGAGUUCCCACUGCAAUGUAAUGCUGGCGUCUUCGUGCAUACUAGCAAAGUAGUCUGCGUUGUUCCAAGUGCAGAGCAGCUUCCAUUGCUAACACGAGAGCUAAGGCUGCGUUCACAUACAGCAUCAUGGUGUUCAUCACCAACGCCACAGGAAGAGCUCGACAGUUUGAAAAAAGGCUUCUCAGCGCUGAUCAUUUUAAAGGGUCUCUGUGUAGAAACGUGUGUGCGGAGAGUUCAGCCAAGACUCAACCAACGUUUAGGAGAACUGCUCCUUUAAAGAAGCAGUUUGGCACAGCUGGCAAGUGUAGCCGUUCCCUGCACUCCAGCUGCACGGCUGCCAUGUCUGCUACAGACAGAGCUCCACUCACAUCACAGGUAAAAGCAGCUGAAACCAGUACGGUGGAUAAAGAGAAUUCAAGACUAAUAACAGCAUUUGGUGAUUUAAUAACCUGUUAUAUGCUUGACUUGUUCUAAACUGUUUCUGUUUUGUAAACUGUAUCACUUUCAGAUUUUUAAACCGGGAUAAUCCCUGAUUGACUAGCAUUUCUGUCAAACUGUAAAUUAUGAAGAGCUAACAAUGAAUUUUGCUCUCGGAGUAAAGAAAGAAGCUGCAGGAACAUAUCUGCGUUGUAAAAACCGUAUGACCAGUCUGCAAUGAAACCUGUCAGUGAGAAGCAUCAGUCAGGAGGAACACAGCAGCGGCGACACGACGCGAUGCUCGAGUCAGUCCAUGCAGUGAAAACCUCACAUCAGACCCGCUAAGCACUUGUAGCAUUGCUGAGUUCAGUCACUGCACAGUGGUCACAGAUGCAAAUGUGUGAGGGAAGAGUCACUGCUCCCACACGAAUGUGAAAGUUUCGUCCUGUUUAAUAAACGUCAGACAUUCAGGAGCAACAUAAAGGCUUAAUCUGUGUGAGAAGUGACGAGGAAGAAACCAUGGUGUUCCUUUACUCUUUAUUUAUUGUCUGAUUAUAUCACCAGAUGUGUACAGCAAUUAAUUUAAAGAAAUGUUGGCCUGUAAUUUAAACUCUGUGUGUGUGUG